AUGCCAGCACGCAACUUCGACAACAAAACUUCUUCUAGGCCUGUUUCAUCACCAGCUACGACUCCUGAAGUGGUGAUUCCCAACGUUGAUUCAGCCGAUGGAUCAGUUGUUGUAGGUGAAGUAGGUGAAAACUCUGAUUCACCUGUUCUGCGGGGCAAGGAGGAAGAUUCGUCCAAUCAUGGAAGGCCAAUUAGUGAAGACACGUCUACAACAGCCGUUCAUUUCAGUACAAAUUGUAACAAUGAAUCUUCCAGUGAUAACCAGCCCAUAGCUAAGGGGACGGUUGUUGCUUCUUACAACGUGAGGAGGGCACCCCGAUUUGUGAGACGCACUCAGCCAAGUGAAAGCCAAGAUGAUCUAGGGCCUGGAGCCGUCUUCGGCGUUACUAUUCCGAUCCGUACCUCUAAUUUCAGACCGGACUAUCCAUCCAGACGUGCCGCUUUUCUUUACCACGUAGAGGACUACUACGGCGACGAUAUCAAACCUCGAUACGAGCCAGAAAGAAGCAACGGCGUGUCGGAGUUUGUAGUUGUUUUCCAGUUAGGUAGGACGGUAAACUUAGCAGCAACUAGGGACUAUCAUGAAUGGCAAGUACGCGAAUUGCGAGGUGAUCAGGUGGGCUUGCUGCCAUAUGACGGCAUUGCCCGGUUUCAUGAUAACUGGUCAUGGACAGCUACAUCCGGUAAACAACAAGCUGUAGAGAUCGCGAAUGCGCACAUGUAUGUUUCGCAAAUGUUGCGGAGGUUCCAGUCACGGCUUCGAAUUAUGUCUAAAUCAGGGCCCCCUGAAGUUUACGAUUGGUAUCUGCUCGCGAAAGUCUUACAUGUUCCACGAGUCUCCCUAAUGCAGACAAUCGGCACACUGGAUGAAGGUCUGCCUCGAUGGAUGUUAGUCGAAACGGCUAGAGACCCCACCAGUGCUCAAUAUGUUACACAUUCGUGUUACCGCGACACCUUGCCAGCUGCUGAUCGGUGGAAGGCAUUACUAUUUGCUUUCAUUCAUUAUGCUUACCAGGAGAGUGGCGGUGAUACUCUCAUUUCGCAAAUUGACUGUGACAAAUGGGGGGUGAUAUCAAAUGUUGUGACCUUUAAUAAAGCGUCAUAUUACUUGGAAAAUAGUGAUGGAUUGGACCAGCCUUUCUUUGAUUUUAGAGGAGGCCAUCCUUGCAACAAUGUGUGCCAACAGCUCGGCCUAGUAAGACUCAAAUUAUGA